CCAGUGAUCUCAGCGCGCUCGCAGCGGAGGCGCAGAAGAAGAGAGAGAGAGCGACUUAAUGGAGCAGCGGUGGGGAGCAGCAGUGUUCUCCCGAGCUCCUCUUCCAUGGCCUAAACUAGCGCUUUUCUCUGGGACUGUCACAUACGGAUUAUGCAGAGAUGAAGCGGGUGCGGACGGAGCAGAUCCAGUACGCGGUGACCCAGUACCUGAAGAGGAGACAGUACAUAGACACAGAUGGGUCUCUGAAGGGGGCCAAACUCUCCCAGUCCGCUGAGGAGAUGGCAGCCAGUCUGACAGUUCAGACAGAGUCCAGCUGUGCGAAUGUGGUGUCUGCAGCCCCGUGUCAGUCUGACCCGCAGCAGUACGAGACCCAGUUCUCCAGACUGCGCUCCUUCCUGCAGGAUGCAGAAGCACCGUUAGUGAAGGAGGUGAGCGGCGUCUUGUUUCCGCUCUUCCUCUACCUGCACCUGGACAUGGCGCGGUGUGGCCUGAAGGGGGCGGUAGACUCGUUCUACAGUCGCUUCCACUCGUUCUUCCAGCAGGACCCCGAGCAGAAAGCAGUCGUAGACCUGCUACGAGGAGUCGUCACGCCUCAGGAUGUGACCUCAAACCCUAAACUCUGCUCGCUCCUGGAUCACAAGUAUGUGGUGCACCUGACGGAUCAAGCGUACAGCUACCUGCUGCGUUACCUGCAGAGCGACGACAACAGCGCCAUCUGCUGGGCGCUCGGCGCACAUGUGCAGAUGGAGGUGACAGCAGCGUGCAGAACUGACUACCAGCUGUACGGCACAGGGAUUGGAGCGGGAAACACGACCUGCACUUCCUCUUCCUCCGCUGCAUGGGCUGCGGUGGACGGGGUGGAGGGGGCGGAGCGUGUGGAGGUCACGGCCGGGUUACCUCAGAACGAGGCGGCGCUGGAGGCGCUGCAGGACUGCAUAAAGCGCGUGCGGGAAGGUGCGCCUUCGCUCACCACCGUCUGCUUCUACGCCUUCCAGCACACGGAUCAGCUGCUGAACACGGCCGAGGUGUCGCCAGACAGCCGUCUGCUGGCAGCCGGCUUCGAUAACUCUGCCGUCAAGCUGUGGAGCCUGCGGGCCAGGAAGCUGAAGGCGGGACCUCACUGGACCGAUGUGUCUAAAAUAAGACUGGCCUGUGACAUGCUGGAGGAGGAGGCAGAUGACGAGGACGCCUCGGGCAGUGAGAUAAAGACCCUGCGCGCUCACAGCGGCCCCGUGUACCGCACGGCGUUCCUGACAGAUGGCUCUGGCCUGCUGUCCUGUUCGGAGGACUCCACCGUGCGCCUCUGGGACCUGAGCAGCUUCACGAACACCGUCCUGUACCGCGGCCACGCCUACCCCGUCUGGGACAUGGAUGUCAGUCCCUGCAGCCUGUACUUCUCCACGGCGUCCCACGACCGCACCGCACGCCUCUGGAGCUUCGCGCGCACCUAUCCACUGCGUCUGUACGCCGGACACCUCUCCGACGUCGACUGUGUCAAAUUCCACCCCAACUCCAACUACGUGGCCACCGGCUCCACGGAUAAAACCGUGCGCCUGUGGAGCACCCAGCAGGGGGCGUCUGUGAGGCUGUUCACCAGUCACCGCGGGCCCGUGCUGUCGCUCGCCUUCUCGCCCAACGGCAAGUACCUGGCCUCGGCCGGAGAGGACCAGAGACUGAAGCUGUGGGACCUGGCGUCCGGCAGCCUGUUCAAAGACCUGCGGGGUCACAGCGACAGCAUCACCAGCCUCUCCUUCAGCCAGGACAGCAGUCUGGUGGCCUCCGCCUCCAUGGACAACUCGGUGCGGGUGUGGGACAUACGCAGCGCCCACGGCAGCGCCCCCAGCGACGGCUCCAGCAGCGAGCUGAUCGGACAGUACACAGGCAGCACUAGCAACAUCCUCAAUGUGCAGUUCAUGGCCUGCAACCUGCUGCUGGUGACGGGCACGGCGCUGGAGAAACAGGAACAGUGAGAGUCUCAACAAAACACACCCUUGUCAUAUUUCACCCCAAAUUCUGAUGAAACGGUUAGGGUUCAUUCAGGAUAAUCCCCUCAGUAAUCUCAAUGGCAAAAUGUGUUCCAGUUUUUGUGAAUUCAUCCUAUAACUAAAAUGAAGCCAUUUAGCACCAUUAUUAUUUGGCUUGGUGACAUUAUGAAAAACAUGUUCCUAUGUUCUUAUUACUGUAAUGCAACAAAAAAAACAAUGAGAUACAAUUCGAAUGGUAAGGUAUUUAUCAGGGUGGUGUUUGUUGUAUUGUCCUUAAUCUAUGUUGAUUCAACAAUAAUUUGGGACAUACAUUUCAGUUUAUUUUCUUUAAUAGACAUUUUGCAAUAAAAAUAUUACUUAUAAAUUCAUAAUUUACAGCAUUUUAUCUUAUUAAAGGAAAGUCAACAAAUACUACCUUGAUUUUCAUCAUUAUUAUUAUUGGCAUAGCAAUAAGAAUUUGGAUGACAAUUGUCUUCUUAAUUGGCUUUAUUUUCUUUGAGGAAAAUAUAUUUGUAUUUUUUUUUUCUUGUGAAAUAUGGUUGGGGCAUGUUCUUGACAGGUUUUUGUGAGAUUCACGCUUUGUGUUUUCUAAAGUGAGAGAGUGAUGUUUUGGUUCAUUUUUGUUAUGAUGUGUGUUGAUGCCUCUAAAGAACAUUAGAGGUGUAGCCUGCUGUUUUCAUUAAAAAAAUAUAUAUUUUACAUUAUUUCCAUGUCUGUAUUUUUCAUUCUGGCUAAUUUCUGUUGUAACGUUGCUGUUGUUUGUUGAUGGUCUGUGUUUAUAAAGGUAAGCACAUCCAGCACUGUUCUCCUGGAAGUUCACCAGGAAGCCAGAUAAACUGGAUUCAUUCUAGUUUAAGCAGGAAACAGUCCUGAUGAAGCCGUCAUCAUCCUAGUUUUUAUUCCCCCAGUCACUAGGGAUUGACUUUAGUUUUACUGCAACAACAACAAAAAACUUCCCUAGGAAAGCUCAAGAAGAAACAAAAACAACUGAUUAAUAUAACUGCCACAGUUUGUGUUUUGUAGCUCAUGGAUGGACUGAAUGAUGACUUUCCUUGAAUCUGUGAAUUUUGCAACCCUGCUCUUAGUUUUGUAUGAAGCAAGGCAAGUUUCUCCGUUUGAAGUUUCCUUUGUGUUCCUAGAGGUCAACCACACAAUCAUGGGAUGUUUUCUUUAACAGUGAAGAAAAACAUGACUUUUGUAUUGUUUGGUUCCUUCCAAGAAAUGUUUUUGCAUCGUUCUGAUACUUGUAAAUAUAGUUUUGUAACAUUUCA